CAUAUAUAUAUAGUGGCUGCGCGCCUCUAGUGCUUAGUAACCGGAAAUUCACUUCGAUGGGGUUGUAUUGGUACAUCUGCCCAGGGUUGUUGUAUAAAGUGACAGAAAUUUUUAAAAUUCAAAAAAUGUUAACCGAAAUCUAAAUUCCGCGAAAUUAUUUUUUUUUUUCCAAAAAAAAAAUUUAUAAGAGAAGAGUCGUCAUUUUUUUUUGUGGAAUUUUUUAACACUGGAAACAAGUUACAGGUUAACAAUAACAAAGAUAAAAAAAUGUCCUAUCGACAGCAGAAUCAAGUUCAAGAUGAGAUGGAAUUAGAAGCAAUGGCUGAGGCUGAACUUGCUAGAUUAAAAAGACAAUAUAGAAUAAUGGAAAAUGAUCGAAAAUCAUAUUCAAAAAAAGUUGAAUUACAAUUAAAUAAACAAGAGCAAAUAAUCGAUCAACUUGAACGUGAAAAAUCGGAGCUUCUAUUGACAAUAAAAGCAAUUAAAUCGCCGGCAAAUUUGAAAAAAGAUGAAAAAGAUCGUGAAGAAAUUAAACAACUAUUGGAAAAAAGAGCCAAAUAUAUGGAAAUACUUGAAAAAGAAAAACAACAAAUUGCCGAACUCGAUGAACAAAUUUCCAAGGUAUCGAAGGAAGUGAAUGCCCUGAAGAAGAAAGUUCGCACGGAUGCUCAAUCAAAGGAAAUGGUGAUGAAGCACAAUAAAUUUGUUUCUAUAUUGGAAAAUCGUUUGGAAGUUGCAACAAAAAAAUUUAAUUUAACAAUAGCAAAAAAUACUGAAUUACGUAAGGAAAUUGAUAGUCUUCUUAAAGAGAGAGCACAAUUUAACGCUCUUUAUAAUAAGCUUGUUAAUAAAAUUAACGCUGGCAAACAAGUUAUUAAUGAUCUCAUUGAACAAGCAACAAUUGCAUUUAAUCAAAGAGAUGAGGAACUCAGUAAAAUUUAUGCACUACGCGAAAGGGGAGCACGUGAUUUAAAGAAUCACACGUCUGAAAUGUGUGAACUUCAACGAACCCUUGACAAUGAAAUGAAACUUCAAGAAUUUUUGGGUGUGAAAGGUCAGUGUCGAGAGAUGACGAAUUUAAAUGCAAAAAAAGACGCUGAGGAGGUUGCCAAGAAAAAAGAAAUGGAAGACAAAGUUGCGGAAUACACGAAAAUUCUUACAGAACUCAAAGAAUUUACAGGGGAAGAAGAUGUAGAUAAAUUGGCUGCUAAUUUUAUAAAACAGGAAGAAGAGAACUUUGCACUCUUUAAUUAUGUGAAUGAACUGAACGAUGAACGUGAAACUCUUCAAAAUCGUGUUGAACAAUUAAGAGCAGGAAUUGAGGAAGCUAAAGCACAAAAUACCGAGGAGGGUCAAAAACAAGCUGAAACUUUAGAGAAAUUAAAACAAGAACUCGAAGAUGAGACUCGACUUGCAGACGAAGCGGAAAAAGAACUAAAGAAAUCCAAUGAGGUAAUGGAUAAACUUCUCAAGAGUGUUGACGACAUGUUCAAGGCAAUAAAAUGCGAUAAAUCACCAAUUUUAGAAUUACUUGGUGAUGAUACACAAGUUACGAUGAAUAAUGUUAUGUUAUAUCUUGGUAUUAUCGAGAAAGAAGUUUCCAAUAUGUUAAGUAAACUUUAUUGGAUUGACAAAGCAAAUGGCGAUGAGAGAAUAAGUGAAGAAAAAAGGCCCAUUUUUGUGCCACCUUUACUUUCCGAUAUUGCACCCACCCAGCCUUGUCCUUUAUGUUUUGAGAAAGAAGAAUUUCAAAAAGUUUCCGAAGGUUUAGAAGCACCAAUGACUCAGGAAGACGCCACUGAGAAACUGAAAAAAAGAUUGAAUAAUGAUAUUACCGAAUUAUUGCACAGUGUAUCUGGUUGUAAUUUGCCAGCGGCAAGAAAAAUCAUGCAAAAGAGAUAUCAAUAAAAAAAAAAAAAAAAAAAUAGAAACAAUGAAAAAAAUAGUAAUAGUAAAAAAUAAUAAUAAUUACAAAAAUAUUAGUAAUAAUAAAAUAAUAAUAAUAACAAAUAGUAAUAAUAACAAAAAAAUAUUUGGGAACAGGGCGUAUAAGAAAAAUAAUAAUAAUAAUAAAAAUUAGUAAUUUUAAAAAAUAGUAAUAAUAAAAAAUACUCGGGAGAAAAUUUUGCUACAGGGCAUAAAAAAUAGUAAUAAUAAAAAAAAUAAAAAAAUAUUAAUAAUAACAAAAAAAUACUCGGGAGAAAAUAUGCUGCAGGGCGUAUAGUUAUAUAAAAGUGGGAUAUAAAAUUACAUAUUAUUGAGAGUCUUAUAAAUCAGGGUUAUUAACUAAUUAUUAUUGAAUUCAAAAGAGUCACGUCAGUUCUAAUUUUGCUAUAGGUGAACCAACAAGAAAAAAAAUAU